AUGAGAUUCAAUAUUUUGUUAUGUGUUUCGUUUCUUCUAGCUAUUUUGCUCGGCCAAACAAGUUUUAGUGUCGGACAUUUUGAUUAUGUAGAUGCUUAUAUACCAACAACCUCGGAUCAAAGCCCUGGUGCGGGACAUGCAACACCACCACCAUCACUUAGCUAUAUUAAUGGAUUUAGACCAACAACCCCCGGUCAAAGCCCUGGUGCCGGACAUUCAUCACCACCACCAUCGCUUAGUUACGUGAAUGGGUUCAGACCAACAACCCCCGGUCAAAGCUCUGGUGCGGGGCAUCAAACACCACCACCAUCAGUAAAUUACAUUAAUGGGUUCAGACCAACAACCCCCGGUCAAAGCCCUGGUGCGGGGCAUCAAACACCACCACCAUCAGUAAAUUACAUUAAUGGGUUCAGACCAACAACCCCCGGUCAAAGCCCUGGUGCGGGGCAUCAAACACCACCACCAUCAGUAACUUACAUUAAUGGGUUCAGACCAACAACCCCCGGUCAAAGCCCUGGUGCAGGACAUAUAACACCACCACCAUCAGUAACUUACAUUAAUGGGUUCAGACCAACAACCCCCGGUCAAAGCCCUGGUGCGGGGCAUCAAACACCACCACCAUCAGUAACUUACAUUAAUGGGUUCAGACCAACAACCCCCGGUCAAAGCCCUGGUGCAGGACAUAUAACACCACCACCAUCAGUAACUUACAUUAAUGGGUUCAGACCAACAACCCCCGGUCAAAGCCCUGGUGCUGGGCAUCAAACACCACCACCAUCAGUAACUUACAUUAAUGGGUUCAGACCAACAACCCCCGGUCAAAGCCCUGGUGCGGGGCAUCAAACACCACCACCAUCAGUAACUUACAUUAAUGGGUUCAGACCAACAACCCCCGGUCAAAGCCCUGGUGCGGGACAUAUAACACCACCAACAUCAGUAACUUACAUUAAUGGGUUCAGACCAACAACCCCCGGUCAAAGCCCUGGUGCUGGGCAUCAAACACCACCACCAUCAGUAACUUACAUUAAUGGGUUCAGACCAACAACCCCCGGUCAAAGCCCUGGUGCGGGGCAUCAAACACCACCACCAUCAGUAACUUACAUUAAUGGGUUCAGACCAACAACCCCCGGUCAAAGCCCUGGUGCGGGACAUAUAACACCACCAACAUCAGUAACUUACAUUAAUGGGUUCAGACCAACAACCCCCGGUCAAAGCCCUGGUGCUGGGCAUCAAACACCACCACCAUCAGUAACUUACAUUAAUGGGUUCAGACCAACAACCCCCGGGUGCAGGACAUAUAACACCACCACCAGCACUUAUUUACAUUGA